AUGUCCGCCCUCUUCAACUUCCGCUCCCUGCUGCUCGUGCUCCUCCUGCUCAUCUGCACGAGCGCCUACGUCCACCACUUCACGCCCGGCAUCAUGGACCGCCACAAGAACGGCGUCAUGGGCGUGUUCUGGAAGAGCGCCAGGGUCGGCGAGCGGCUGAGCCCCUACAUAAGCAUAUGCUGUGUGCUGAUGGCGGCCUCGAUCCUGAUAAACUAG